AUGACAGCUACAACGACACAAGGUCCAAGGACUCUAUACGACAAGGUCUUUGAUGAUCACAUUGUUCACAAGGACCAAUCUGGCUCCCAUCUAUUAUACAUUGAUAGACAUUUGGUCCACGAAGUCACUUCUCCACAAGCUUUUGAGGGUUUGAAAAAUGCCGGUAGAAAAGUUAGAAGAACUGACUGCACUUUGGCAACUGUUGAUCACAACAUCCCAACUUUCUCCAGAAAAAACUUCAAAUCCACUGCUACUUUCAUCGAUCAACCCGAUUCUCGUCUACAAGUUCAAACUUUGGAACAAAAUGUCAAGGACUUCGAUGUCACUUUCUUUGGAAUGACUGAAUCUAGACAAGGUAUCGUCCAUGUGAUUGGUCCUGAGCAAGGUUUCACCUUGCCAGGUACUACUGUGGUUUGUGGUGACUCUCAUACCUCGACUCAUGGUGCCUUUGGUUCUCUAGCUUUUGGUAUUGGUACUUCCGAAGUAGAACAUGUCUUGGCUACUCAAACAAUUAUUCAGAAUAAGUCGAAGAACAUGAGAGUUUACGUUGAGGGCAAAUUGAACCCUGGUAUCACUUCCAAGGAUCUAAUUUUACACAUAAUUGGUGUCAUUGGUACUGCUGGUGGUACUGGUUCCGUUAUCGAAUUUGCUGGUGAAGCCAUCGAAGAUUUGACCAUGGAGGCUCGUAUGUCCAUGUGUAACAUGGCCAUUGAAGCUGGUGCUAGAGCUGGUAUGAUUAAGCCAGAUCAAACUACUUUCGAUUACAUCAAGGGAAAGCCAUUAGCUCCAAAGGAUGCUGAAUGGGAAAAGGCUGUUGCUUAUUGGGAAACUUUGCAUUCCGAUGAAGGUGCCAAGUUCGACCACGAAGUGAUCAUCAAGGGUGCCGAUAUUAUUCCAACAAUCACCUGGGGUACUUCCCCACAAGAUGCACUACCUAUUAGUGCCUCUGUCCCAGAUCCUGCUCAAGCCUCUGACCCUAUCAAGAAGUCUGGUAUGGAAAGAGCUUUGAAAUACAUGGGUCUUGUCCCAGGUACUCCACUAAUGAAAAUCAAUAUUGACAAAGUCUUUAUUGGUUCCUGUACGAACUCCCGUAUCGAAGAUUUGAGAAACGCAGCUGCUGUGGUUAAGGGCCACAAGAAGGCUGACAACGUUAAGUUGGCAAUGGUCGUCCCAGGUUCUGGGUUAGUCAAAGCUCAGGCAGAGAAGGAAGGAUUAGACAAGAUUUUUGAAGCUGCUGGUUUCGAAUGGAGAGAAGCUGGUUGCUCCAUGUGUCUAGGUAUGAACCCAGAUAUUUUGGAUCCUGAAGAACGUUGUGCUUCGACUUCCAACAGAAAUUUCGAAGGUCGUCAAGGUGCACUUUCUCGUACACACUUGAUGUCUCCAGCCAUGGCUGCUGCUGCUGGUAUUGCAGGCCACUUUGUUGACAUUAGAGAACAUGUUUACAAGAACGGCGACGCACCAAAGGUUGUCGUCUCUCAAGAAGAGGACAAAGCUCUGCAGGAUGCUGUCUACGAGCAUGAGAAGGAGCCACUACAACCAGACCAGGUUAGUGAAGAGCUCGCCGAAGAAGAAAUCGACGAUAUCCCUGUUUCUGAAACCACGAAGGUUGAAUCAGCUCCAGCAGGCAUGAAGCCAUUCUUGACUUUGGAAGGUAUUGCUGCGCCACUAGAUAAGGCAAAUGUUGAUACCGAUGCUAUCAUUCCAAAACAAUUUUUGAAGACUAUCAAAAGAACUGGUUUGAAAGCUGGUUUGUUUUAUGAAUGGCGUUUCGCUGAGGGCGAUGACGGUAAAAUGAAAGAAACUGAUUUUGUUUUGAACGUCGAGCCAUACAGAAACGCUGAAAUCUUGGUUGUUACUGGUGACAACUUUGGUUGCGGCUCCUCUAGAGAGCACGCUCCAUGGGCUUUAAAAGACUUCGGUAUCAAAUGCAUAAUUGCUCCAUCUUUCGGUGAUAUCUUCUACAACAACUCUUUCAAGAAUGGUCUACUGCCAAUUAGAUUGGACCAGAGCACGAUUCUCGAGAAGUUGAUUCCUCUGGCAAAUGCAGGAAAGUCUUUCGUUGUCGAUCUUCCUAACCAAAAGAUCGUUGACACUGAAGGUAAGGAACUAGUCGGACAUUUUGAUGUCGAGAGUUUCAGAAAGCAUUGUCUGGUCAAUGGUUUGGACGAUAUUGGUCUAACUAUGCAAAAGGAGGAAUUUAUCUCCAAAUAUGAAGCUAUGAGAAGGGAGAAAUUCUCUUUCUUAGAAGGUGGCGCCAAGCUAAUUCAUCCAGUGAGGGGCACUAAGAAGAGCCCAUUCGGUGUUACCGCUCAAGAGUGGUAG